UGGCAGCUAAACCUCCCCAGCAUUUCUAUGUAACAAUUUGGUUUGGAGGGGAGUGAGAGUUUCGUUAUGCAGAGAAACGGAAGUGUUACAGGGAAUGGGGGCCAGCCAUGGGUCCUACGGCGGGUCCGCCUUACUUGGCUCAGCUUCAUGCUCUUCUUCAUCCUUGUUUUCUUCCCACUCAUUGCACAUUACUACCUCACCACCAUUGAUGAGGCUGGCGGGCCUGAUAAGCGGAUUUUUGGGCCACGACCCGGAGGGGAGCUUUGUGAGGCAAAACACGUACAGGACCUCUGCCGAAUCCGUGAGUCCGUAAGUGAGGAGCUGCUUCAGCUUGAAGCGAAGCGGCAGGAACUCAACGGUGAAAUCGCUCGACUUAACCUGAGGAUUGAGGCCUGUAAGCGGAGUAUUGAUAGCGCCAAACAGGACUUGCUCCAACUCAAGAAUGUCAUCAGCCAAACAGAACAUUCUUAUAAGGAGCUUAUGGCUCAGAACCAGCCAAAGCUCUCUUUGCCAGUCAGAUUGUUACCAGACAAAGAUGACCCAGGGCUCCCCCCACCAAAAUCUGCACAAGCCUGUCGCUUGCGAUCCUGUUUUGACUAUGCCAGGUGUCCUCUUACCUCUGGUUUUCCUGUUUAUGUAUAUGACACAAGUUCCUAUCCUUGGGGUGAGCAUUUGGACCCACUGGUUAAGCAAGCCUUUGCAGCAUCUGUCAAAAGCAAUGUCUAUGUGACUGAUAACCCAAGUAUUGCUUGUCUGUAUGUAGUACUUGUUGGAGAGAUACAAGAUUCACCUUCCAUUCCCCCACCCUCUCCUUCAGACCUUGAAAAGCAGCUGAAGGCAUUACCAUACUGGAGGUCUGAUGGCCACAACCACCUGCUUGUCCACCUGUCUAGAAAAUCUCUGACACAAAACUUUCUGUACAAUGUGAGCACAGGCCGGGCGGCAGUGGCACAGUCUACCUUCUUGGAGCAACAGUACCGUGAAGGUUUUGAUCUAGUGGUGUCUCCACUGGUUCAUGCACUCUCUGAGCCAAACUUUUUGGAGGUGCCACCACAAGUUCCAGUGAAAAGAAAAUACCUGUUCACCUUCCAGGGGGAGAAAGUUGAAUCUUUGCAGAGCAGCCUGCUGGAAGCUCCGCCACAGUCCUUCGAGGAAGAAAUGGAGAGGGAUCCACCGGCUGAUUAUGAUGAUCGCAUCAUUGGCACUCUCAAGGCAGUGCAAGACAGCCACCUGGAUCAGGUACUUGUAGAGUUCACCUGCAAGAACCGACCGAGGCCAAGUCUGCCAACAGAGUGGGCCCUUUGUGGAGAACGUGAGGAGAGGUUAGAGGUGCUGAAGGUUUCCACUUUUGCCUUGGUCAUCUCUCCUGGUGAUGGGCAAAUAGUGGCAUCUGCAGGGUGCAGCAUGCGAUUGUUUGAAGCCCUGGAGGUUGGUGCGAUCCCUGUGGUGCUUGGUGACCACUCAAAGCUGCCUUACCACCAUCUAAUUCGCUGGAGUGAAGCAGCAAUCAUGGUGCCCAAGCCCCGCAUCACAGAGCUGCACUUCUUGUUGCGUAGCCUCUCUGACAAUGACCUGCUUGCUAUGAGACGGCAGGGUCGGUUCCUUUGGGAGACCUACUUUUCUACUUCCGAGAGUAUCUUUAGCACCAUCCUUGCAAGUGUGCGCACCAGUAUCCAGGUACCUGCAGCACCUAUUAAGGAGGAGCCUGCACAGGAGAUUCCUCACAAAGCUGGGAAGAUGGCAGGGACCGAUGCAAAUAUGGCUGAUAAUGGAGAUCUGGACCUAGGGCCAGUGGAGACAGAACCUCCUUAUGCUUCUCCACGGUUUCUGCGUAACUUCACCUACACUGCUUCAGAUGUCUACCGGACAUGGAACCGCCCACCUGGACCUUUCCAUCUAUUCCCACACACACCUCUGGACCCAGUGCUUCCCUCUGAGGCCAAGUUCCUUGGCUCAGGCACGGGUUUUCGGCCAAUUAAUGGUGGCAGUGGGGGCUCUGGCAAAGAAUUUCAAGCUGCCCUGGGGGGUAAUUUCCCACGAGAGCAGUUCACAGUGGUCAUGCUGACUUAUGAGCGAGAGGAGGUUCUCAUGAACUCGCUGGAGAGGCUUAAUGGUCUGCCUUACUUAAACAAGGUAGUGGUGGUCUGGAACUCCCCCAAGCCACCUUCAGAUGACCUCAUUUGGCCAGACAUCGGGCUGCCCAUAGUGGUGGUGCGCACAGAGAAGAACAGCCUGAACAAUCGCUUCCUACCCUGGGAUGCAAUAGAGACAGAGGCCAUUUUGUCGAUUGAUGAUGACGCCCACCUACGACAUGAUGAAAUUAUGUUUGGGUUCAGGGUGUGGCGUGAGGCCAGGGAUCGUAUUGUGGGUUUUCCUGGAAGGUUCCAUGCAUGGGACGUCCACCACCAGUCUUGGCUCUACAACUCCAACUAUUCCUGCGAGCUCUCCAUGGUCCUGACAGGUGCCGCCUUCUUUCACAAGUACUACGCGUACCUAUACUCUUACGUGAUGCCUCAGGCCAUCCGGGACAUGGUAGACGAGUACAUUAACUGUGAGGACAUCGCAAUGAACUUUCUGGUGUCGCACAUCACACGGAAGCCCCCCAUCAAGGUGACCUCUCGCUGGACGUUCCGCUGCCCAGGCUGUCCCCAGGCCCUGUCACAUGACGACUCUCACUUCCACGAACGUCACAAGUGCAUCAACUUCUUUGUGAAAGUGUACGGAUACAUGCCGCUGCUUUACACUCAAUUCAGAGUGGAUUCCGUGCUCUUUAAAACUCGACUCCCCCACGACAAGACUAAGUGUUUCAAAUUCAUAUAGCGAAGGGUGAAGAGCCAAUGAAGAACUAAGGAGAGAACUUAGAUUCAAGGCUUAAAAGGAAGUGAGAUUUUGUAGCUGCCGACAAGGGGAAGGGAAAGCCCCCUUGUUUUCAGCAACAAGGAGGACACGUGAACCUCUCUUGAAUGUCCUCUGGAAACGUCUGAAUGACUUGAACUAAAAAAAACAAAAAAACAGAA